AUGCUCGUGUUUAUGGAAGGUUUAACCCAAGCUGAGGACGAUCGACUUAUAUCGGAUACCAUAUUUUACGACUUCUCAGAAGCGUUUGAUAGGAGUCCACACAUCCCGCUGCUCCACAAACUCGAGUCUCACGGGAUUCAACGAGCAAUCCUACACUGGAUCAAGGCGUUCUUAUCAGACAGACUAUUCCGAGUGAAGGUAGGCUCAAUCUACUCUCCAGCGCCGGUCUCUAUUGAAGUUCGUCAUGGCUCCGUUUUGAUACCACUGCCAUUUCUGAUAUACGUCAACGACCUCUCAGAUAUUCUUGAAAGUCCACGCCUACGUUUUGCAGACGGCUUGAAAUUCUGGAGUUCCGAUGGCAGUGCCCUCCAAGUGGAUGUAGACGCUGCCAAGCAGUGGUCGUUGGACCGGCACAUUUCUCUGAAUGACGAAAAACUCGUCAUUGUUUGGCGUUUGGGGGAUUUGCAGCGCUGUAGUACUCUUGCGCGCUUGUAUGGAUAUCCUGGCAUCAAUCAUAGUGAUCUCGACAACAUCCAGCGGUCUUGUGGUCGAGUCGGAGAAGUCGGACAGGCAGCGCUGAACGCCGCCAACAGGCUGAAUAUGAAGAUGGGUUUGCGUGAUACUGGACCGCUGUUUACCCACGUUUCUGAGCCUGCGGACUGCAGUUCCUCUUCCUGUCCACCUUCUGCAACUACUUCAGAAGAGUCGGGACAAGAAGGAUAUCUUAUUCUAACAUUCGAUAAGUCAAAGCGGGCGCGGCUGAAGACAGCUAUUUUUGCAGAUGUCUCCGACUGUCGCUUUGCCGAUGACUUCGAUGAAGAUGGUGUUGGUGAUGAGGACAGCGAACUUCUCUACAACUGGCCAAACAAUAGUGAUUCAGAUGGCACGAAAACAAAUCCAGUUAUUCCUCCCGCAACUUCGGUGACCUCCGAAAAUGAUUUAACGCCGACCUCCGAUGAUGCGACACGUAAUGACUCGGGCUGUUACGGUGAGGUUGUUUGGGUUGGUCAUGGUGAAGCGACUGAGAACGAGUUGCAACCUGUUCCGGUCUCAAACAAAUCGACAACCUCUGCUAAUCUACCCGCAGAAACGCAUAGACUCAUCCGUACAAGCCCAAUCACAAAACGAACGCCAGAAAAUUUGUGCGUAGUUCGUGUCCCGCAGUUGUCACCAGCGAAGUCGACGAACGAUCCACGAUCUAUCCGUCCAAGUUUGUCAGAUUCGUUUCGUUUGUCACCGCGUACUCCAGUCAAUGGAGUGCGCAUUGAACCGAUUCAGCAACGACCUCUGGGCGUUUCUGCCCGUUGGACAAAUAGGCUGCUCUCAAAGUCCGGUUUCCCCCAUUAUUUCUCACCCUCUUCAAAACUCCGUUCCAGCGGGUUUCUCCAUACCGGGUUCUCCUCAUCAACCGGUUCAUACACAGAUGACGGUGAGCCAGGAGAUGAUAAAUAUCCGCGCAAAAUGUUACGUUGUGAUGCUUGCGGAAAGUACUACCGAAACGAAUACAGCUUACAUCAUCACAUCUGCUUAAGACGCAAGGAUGUUUGGAAGAAAGGUGACGUCCCGUCAGACGUUGUGGACGGUCAACUGGUGUACUUUUGCCCAACUUGCCACAAACCGUUUAAAUGGCUCGGUAAUCUAACCCGACACUUCUAUGUGCACACUGGCCAGCGGUUUUUCAAAUGUGACAUAUGUUCGAAGGAGUUUUUCUCGGCUUACCAAGUUAAACGACACAUGAACUCGCACACCGGGAGACGAUUCAAAUGUGAGGUUUGUGAUAAACCGUUUACAUGCAAAUAUGCAUGCGCUUGGCAUACCAGACAACAUUACACCUAUGCUGAGUAGCUUACCUGUUGCUUAGCCACUGCUUCCACGAAAGUGUACAUCUUGGUUGUGCUCCCAUCCCCUCAACCCCCACUUGACUUCCCUUGUCUUCCACCUUUGUCUACUGCUAUUUUUUACACAACACCUCACAAUUUUAAUACUUUGUGAUUUUCUACCACUGCUAUUACGACUGACUCGCCUUAGAAAAGGACACGAACUCCAACUGAGCCACAUGAGUUUUACUCCGGCUCAAGACUCUAUGUUCUUUUAUUCUCAGUUUGAUUUUCUCCCGUAUUCAGGUCUGACGUGUUCUAUCAGUCGCUUGUGGGGAAGCCCCUGUUCCAUAGCUCACAAUGGGCUUUUUCAUUGCUCAGUUGUUUUACCAUACUCCAAAUAUCUCUUCCUACAGAGCUGCUCAACUCAACCCGCAUGCGGGUGGUUCCCAGUGAGUCUGAAAGGCUGUUUAAAAGCUCUAUCAAUAGUUUCUGGCUCUUGCCAGUUUGUAUCUGUACAUAUACCUACACAUAUAUUUUUGUAGGGUCGUUCCACAUGCUAUCCGCAGUUUUCGUGUCAAGUCGCUCAAUGGCUAUGCACUGAUUGCUGCCAUCGCUGCCUUUCAUGGUUUCCCAUUUGAAUUCGCAUGCAUCGAUGGGCUUCCUAAAUGUGCCUUGACUUCUUGUAUGUAAUACGUUCAUUUAGUGUUUUUCCUAUACUGACCGCUACUACAACCGUUGCCUUUACUGUGUCGAUUGUUAUGUUUCCCAAUGAGAUUGGCAUGUUCUGCUCGAACUCUUUCCUUUUUGUCGAUUUUUCA